AUGAUGAACGCUGGCCGAUCCUUUGCAACCAACACCUUCCGAAGAUGUGCUUCACCUCGUCCCACCCAGAAGGCUGCAUAUUCGUCCGCUCCUUCACCAGUAGGAUCCCCUACCAGCUUGAUGUCGAUGACUACCUACGGUGGCCUUGCUGGCUUUAUCGCAGCGGCGGCAUUGACAGAGAAGGAUACCACCAGAUGCGAUUCCAACUUGACUAAGCGUCGGUUGACUUCCAUGCUCCAGCACCAACGAGUGAAUGACAAGUCUAGAUCCAGCGAGAAGGUAAUUUCCCUACGAGGCGUGGACCUAAAGCAGGUUUCGAAUGAGACUACCGAAGGCCUCAUCGACGACUUGAAGAAUGGAGCCAACUUGGAUAAAGAGAGCUUGUUGAUUCUGUUCACCAUGAGAAGACGCUUGUCUCCCAAAACAGCCGAGAAGUUGAUUGAUGCUCUCAACAAUGGAGCCAACUUUGACCAGGAAAGUCUCAUCAAACUAGUCAGACUUCAAUUGACUCCUGGCCCCUUUGGACCAAAGAAAUGUUGA